AUGAUAGCAUCCAAUAUGGUACCAUGUUUGUUAUAUGUAUUAUUUGAAAAAGUCAAUAUCAAGCUAAAACUGAGUGCCGUUGGGCCAUUACUUCACAGAGUUAUGGGCUCGGUACAUUACUGGGUGCUGCUUAAGCGCAGUGGUGAUAUUCAUAAAGUAAUACGACACAUGGAAACAGAUUGGCGUUUGAUACAAAGACUUGAUAAUCGUGAAGUAAUGUUACAACAAGCUAAGUUCGGUCGCUUCGUCGCCAUAAUUUGUGGUAUAAUCAUGUAUGGUGGUACAAUCCUGUUCAGCAUAGCAAAGGCAAUGAAAACCAUAACCAUUAACGUCGGCAAUGAAACUUUUACAACACAUCCGAUGACGUGUCCGAUUUAUAGUAAGAUCAUCGAUACGAGAUUUAGUCCUGUGAAUGAAAUCGCGUUGGUUCUACAAAACCUUGCAAUAUUAGUAGUGAGUUCGUCUACUGUCGGUGCUUGCAGUCUGGCUGCCGUUUUCGCAAUACAUGCUUGUGGUCAAUUAAAAGUACUGAAUGCGUGGCUACAUGAACUUGUUCAAAAUCAAAAGGAGGGAAAUGAUACAGCUGAACGAAAGCUAGCUGCUAUCGUCGAACAUCAUCUGAGAAUAUUAAGUUUGAUAUCACAAGUGGAAAGUAUUAUGCAUAAAGCCGCUCUUGUCGAAUUAGCCGGGUGCACUGUAGUCAUGUGUUUGCUUGGAUAUUACACUAUUACGGUAUGCUAG